AUCGCCUCGCUCUCGCUCGGGUCGUGCGACCACCACCCGCUCGCGCGCAAGGUCGCUGCAGCCGCCGAGCACGGCUUCACCUCGAUCGAGCUGUUCGACCUCGACUGGCAGCACUUCCGCGACGCGCACGCCCGCGAGCACGGGUUCGACACGCCCUGCGUCGAGGGCGACGAGGCGAGCAUCUCGGCCGCGCACGCCCUGGCGGCGAUCCUGCACCGCCACGGCGUCGAGGUGAGCUGCUGGCAGCCGCUGCGCAACUUUGAGGGCUGGGUCGACGACGACGACCGGCGCGAGGCGCGCGAUUACGCCCGCGGCAUCCUCGACAUCAUGCCCAUCCUCGGCACCGACCUCCUCCUGUGCUGCACGACGUCGACGCCCGCCCCGAGGACGUCGUCAAGCCUCGACCGCGCCGUCGAGGACCUGCGGUGGCUCGCCGACCUCGCCGCGACCUACUCGCCGCCGAUCCGCGUCAUGUACGAGGGCCUGUCGUUCGGCGCGCACCGCCAGAGCUGGCAAGACGCGUACGAGGUCGUCGAGGCCGCCGACCGCCCCAACCUGGGCCUGUGCCUCGACUCGUUCAACACGCUCGCGCUCGAGUGGGCCGACCCGUACGCCGUCGACGGUCGCCUCGGCCCGGACGUUGACGCCAAGCUCGAGCGCAACAUGGACGAGCUCGUGCGCCGUGUGCCCGGGAGCAAGAUCUUCUUCUACCAAGUCGCCGACGGCCGCUUCAUGUCGCCGCCGCUCACGCCCCCGACGGACCCCUCGAUCCCGCGCAUCCGCCCCUGGUCGCGCUCGCACCGCCUGUUCCCGCUCGAGCGCGCACUCGGCGCCUACCUCCCCGUCGACCGCUUCUCGGACGCCGUCGUCGCGACGGGCUACUGCGGCCCGUGGAGCCUCGAGGUGUUCAACGACAGCUUGGGCGACGCGAGGCGCGAGGUGCCGCAGGAGCAUGCGGCGAGG